CCUUACCCCAGCUUUCUCUUCAUUAAGUGGCGUGCGCCCAGUUCUUGACCACCAUAAGUUCGUCACAUGUCACACGGAUUGAAUUGAAAGUGAAUUAGUUGGGGGCAUCCCGGCAAGAGACCGUGGGAAUGAACUAAUCGUCCUCUGCUGCAUAUCUACUGCACCGUCAGCGCUGAGCGGCUCCCCAAAGUUUUGGCGCGACCAUACAUCGUUUCCAUUGAAGACCACGUAGAACCAAAUGCCUAAUCGGAUUAGCAUUACUUUUUUGGGCACCUCCUCGGGCAGUGGUCCUACUUUAAGUCGACACUGCUCCUCUCUGGCUCUGAAUCUCGACGGCGAGAUUUGGUUGGUCGAUUGCGCGGAAGGAACGCAGCUUCGAUUGGUUCAGGCUGACAUAUCCCCAGCAAGGGUGACCAAGAUUUUCAUUACGCAUCUUCAUGUUGAUCAUGUUAUGGGCCUAGUUCCUUUGCUUACUACCAUCAUGUUUGGUCUUGAGCCUAGCAAUUCAAAGUCUGGUCAGCGCUCUAUAGAUCUUUAUGGCCCCGUCGGAUUGCGGCAAUUAGUUCGUAUAACACUACAGCUCACAGGAGCCACACUUGCUGGUACAUUCUCUGUGCACGAAUUCCUGGCUGUUCAGACACCUGUCGCGUCAUGUCCGGCGCCUAUAUCAGAUACGCGCCCCAAUGAGGGUCACGGGAGGGAUAUCCAAUGUGAUAGCGACGGAAAGUGGAAAAAUUUCCAGGAAGCAUCUGGAAUAACUAUAUCUGCUGCUCCGCUUGAGCAUCGAGGCAAUUCCUUGUGUUGGGUAUCCAUAUCGGCCCCUGGUCGAAAACUUGUUAUUUUAGGGGAUACUUCCGAUGCCAGCUCUUUCAUUGGUUUGGCAGAUGAUGCUAGUCUGUUAGUUCAUGAGGCGACGAAUGCGUACAUCUCACCCCGCAAGCUAAAGAGCUCUCAAUGGGAUGAGAACGAGAAGGAGAAGCUUCGCGCGAAGGCGAUUUCGCGGGGGCAUUCCACAGCAGAAAUGGCUGGCGAGUUUGCCAAACAAAUCCGGGCGAGAAGGCUAUAUCUGAAUCAUUUUAGUAGCAUGUACCCUGAUCCAGCAUGGAACACUGAUUCUGGCCUAAGGCGAAAGUCAAAGAAACACCGGGAACGAUAUCCCGAUGACCCUAAGGGGAGCGAAAACCAAAUUAUGAUGCAUGCUAUCCAAGAUCAGGCGACGGAGGGAUGGAGUCAAGAAGGUUCAAGGGCCAUUGCUGCUACUGAUUUUAUGUGUGUAGAAAUCAGGGGUCACGAAGUAUCGUAGACGAACCAGAAUACAACAUCUGCGCACCUUAGCGUUUGAAACGGUGCCCGCGUCUCCUGGCAGUCGUUCAUUGAUGGGUAGUGAU